AUGAACUCCCAAGAAUAUUUAAAGCCCAUCGCCGCCUAUGCCAUGACCUCUUCCAUCGUCCUCUACGCCGUCGCUGCCCUCGCUGGUCUGUCCGAGGCCAAGCGUGGUUGCAGACACGACACGGCCAACCCCGGAAUGGGCUGGUACUACAUCGUCAGCGGAGACACCCUCAACGACAUCGCGGCCGACUUCAGCACCACCGCUGCCCACCUCGCCGAGCUCAACGGCAUUGCCAACCCCGACUCCAUCCCCGCCGACAAGACCAUUGUCGUCCCCUGCGCCUAA